AUGCCUUCUUGCUUUAUGUGCAAAAGUAUAUUUAAAAUAAAUUCUCAUUUAAUAAGCCAUUUAAAUAUCUUCCACGAUGUUAAAUCUGUAAGUGAAUUUAAAUGCUUAGAAACUGGAUGUUAUAGAGUUUUAUCUACUUUUCAUUCAUUCAAAAAUCAUAUAGCCCAGCAUAAAGAUGUAUUGGUUGAAAAUAACAAACCUGAUAAUUUUCCUGUCUCCACAUCUAAACAAGAACAUGCAGAUUUAAAUAUUGUCAAUUCGCCCAUUUUGAAUGAAAUUAUUUCUUCAAAUUCUAAUAAUAGUUCAGACCAAAUAUCCGUUGAUAAUUUUAUUGAUACAUUGCGUUGUAGUUCAGUGACUUUAGCAUCUAAGUGGUAUAUUAAAUAUGAUUUAAACCAUACUAAAGAUAUCCUUCUUAUGUUUGAUAAACUUUCAAAUCCUUUUUCUUCUAUGAGUUCUGAGCAUCUUCGUUUUAAAACCUUUGAUGAAAUUGGAAUUCUUAUUCGACCAAGAUUGGUAGAUAUCGGAUGUAGACUAAAUGAUAGAAUGAAGGCUGGACGUGUUAUAUUUGAACCAAAAGUUUUUCAAAUGUCUUUUGUUCCUCUUAGGUAUGUGCUUAAGACCAUGCUACAAGAUUGCAAUUUAUUUGAAGUAAUUAUAGAAUUUAUGAAUCAUUUAGAAUCUAAUUCAAAUAAAUGUAUUAGUAACUUUGUACAGUGUAAACUAUGGAAAAGCAAACUUGAAAAAAAUUCACAAAAGAUACUAUUGCCAUUAUUUUUAUAUUUUGAUGAUUUUGAAAUUAAUAAUGCUCUAGGCUCCCAUGCAGGUAACAAUAAGUUAGGUGCUGUAUAUGCGUCAUUACCAUGUUUGCCACCUGAAUAUUCUUCUUCUUUAGAAAAUAUAUUUUUGGCAUGUUUAUUUAAAUCAGUGGAUAGACAGGAGUUUGGGAACCGUGCUAUUUUUUCAGAACUGAUAUCAGAAUUGAAUUUUUUAGAAGUUACAGGAAUAGACAUAUUAUAUAAUGGGGAUAAUUUAGGAUUGCAUAGUAUACUAGGCUUUUCAGAAAGUUUUAUGGCAAACUUUUCUUGUCGUUUUUGCAAGUCAAAUAAAUCUGAUUGCAAUCAUCAAUUAGUACAGAUUGAUGAAAACCUAAGAGAUGAAGUCAAUUAUUCUACAGAUAUUGCGAUUAAUAACCUUUCACUCACUGGGAUAAAAGAGUUGUGUGUUUUUCAUGAAAUACAGUCAUUUCAUGUGACAAACAAUUAUGCAGUUGACAUUAUGCACGAUAUUUUGGAAGGUGUUUGCAAGUAUGAUAUUGGUAUGAUGUUAAAAGAAAUGGUAUACAAUUUAAACUACUUUACAAUUGAUACUCUAAAUAAUAGAAUAGAGUCAUUCAAUUAUGGACCCAUUGACAUUCGAAACAGACCUCCUCUAAUAUCCAAUGAUUCAUUGAAACAUGGUUCAAUUAAAAUGUCCGCUAGUGAAACAUUAUGUUUCACAAAAUAUUUAACACUAAUUAUAGUUGAAAAUUUGGAUUGUGUACAACCCACAAUUCAUUGUGUUAUGUCUAAUGGGUUAUGUUUUAUACCAAAAUAA